UAUAUCGAGCCUCCCAGACAGUAAAUUGUAUAUGCAAAAGGUGAAGGAUGUAUAUACAUUACCCUUUACCGUUGUCAUGUUUCACGGCUGGCUAAUUUUUGAAAGGUGCGUCUACAUUAUGUUUAAAAAGCAGAUCAGGACAAAAAGAAAAUCAACAACCACAUUUUUGAGCAAGUGUUUGGCAGUUCAGGUGGUGACGCUGAACGCUGCAGACAUUGCUUUGUAGAGGCGUAGUUUCUGCUGGGACUGGUGGAAAGAUGUUCCGUUUCCUCAUUUUGGCAUGUGUAGUUGGAUUUGCUGUUGGGAGCCAGGUGGAGGAGCUUCGGUACCUCCUUAGGGCCCUUGAGAUGACGAGAAAUCAGGCUUUAAUUCCAGAUUCGGAGAAGCUGAGAGAGAUGUACGAGGACGUUCGCAGGGGUGCAAAAGGAUGGUGCACUGCUACAUACGACGGCAAAAUCAUCGUGCCGGGUGACUGUGGUAUGGAAUAUAGCGACCUGUUGGAUCUUCUUGGAGAAGACGACCGAUGUUAUGCCUAUGCAAAGUUCGAAGUUGACACUAGAGAUAAGUUUGCCUUUAUCACUUGGAUUGGGCCCAGCGUUUCACCCCUGAAAAAGGCAAAAGUCAGCACAGACAAAGCCUUUGUCAAGAAAAUUUGGACAGAGUUCACCAAGGAAAUACUCGCUGACGAAAAGAGCGAUUUGAAAGAAGGAAAAAUUAUCAAAAUGCUUGAAAUGGCUAGUGGGGCUGCUUAUGGAACCGGACAGCGUUAGCCCUAAAGGGACGAAGGUGCAAGACAAGUUUCUUGGGGCGUUUGUUUGGAAUGUUUUAUCGACAGAAAAGAUGCGAAAGGAAAAAAACAUGUUAUUUUGGAAUGUAACUUAGGUUUAGUAAUCCUCAUGCUCAGAGGCAUCUGAGGUUAAUAAGCUAGGGUAGGGGAGAAACAUCGUUCUGUGAACCAGAGGGAGGGGAGUAACGUGGCGCAGGGACAGGCAUUAUGCUCCAUCGGAGAAACUUCGACCUGUAGUAUUGGUUAGAAUUCAGCGAGGUUAUAUGUAUAUGAAGUGAGCUUUACUAAGUGGCCCCGGGCAGGUUGGAUUCUCGAGCCGAGCGCUCCGUGCUAACAAACAAACCAGCAGACAAUCCUGUUUUUCAGUCUUUUCAGAUCACGUCUAAUCUUCGCCUUACAAGUAGAAUGUUGAAAAGUUUCAGUUUUAGCCGAUUUCACGAAACGUGGCGUAACUUGAAACCUUAUGUAAGCCUUGCCGCACAAAUUUAUGCCGCAGCUACUUCGGUUCAAUUUCUCGAAAAGUGUUAAUUUCUUACACAAUGACAAAAGCGGCUUUACGACGGCUGUUCCUUUUCAAUAUAACAACAGUCGUCCAACAGCCGAUAAAUCACUUCCAGCCGCCAUUUUGAAAACAUUUUCGUCUUUUCUUUGUCAGAAUCGGACAGAAAAUCUUACAGUUCUUGAAGCCAAACAAGUUCUUUAUUUCCCUCUAAAGUUGUACGUUUUUCGUUCAGCAAUGAUAAUAAGACUAACCGAACACGAUAAAUUAAUCAAAUCCAUUUUCGAUUCGAUUUGUUCCGUCUAAAAUGACUCCGUAUAAGUUACGCCAUAGUUUGUUGCGAAAGUCGCGACUUAACUGGUCUUAAUUUGUCGCGCAGCUAUCGAGUUCGUAAAAUCGGCGGCAGGUUUAUUUGAGAAAAAGUCAUAGUUUGUUUUUUUAUUCAACUAAUUUAGUUUAUUACCUUUACGAUAGAUUAUAUUUCAUUAGUUUGUAUUUGUAACUCUAUCUUUUUUCUUCAUCAAUUGUGGUUCUAUAGUUAUUAUGCACGAGCAAUAAAAUAACUUUUUUCAAAUAUGCAUUAUAAGACACAUGUAGUUA